UGACGCGGAUGGGACUGUUUUGUGCAACGACGCCGAGGACCACCGAAAUCCAACCAUGUUAACUUGGAUCAUAAGUGUUUGGAGCAUUCUUGUGGUAGCACAGUGUUACUUUUCGGAGGAAAAUUAUACCGAAGAGUCAAAGAUGCAGCCACCCACGGUCGUUAUAGCUAUAAUCGCACGGAACGCCGCUCAUUCUUUACCCUACUACCUCGGAGCUCUCGAGAGAUUAAACUAUCCCAAAGAGCGCAUCUCUAUCUGGGCAGCGACAGACCACAACAUUGACAACACAACAUUAGUCCUGCGAGAAUGGCUCACUGUCAUGCAAACACAAUAUCACUAUAUCGAGUGGAGACCUUCAGACAAACCCACAUCCUAUGUAGGUGAGCUGGGGCCCAAGCACUGGACUAACGGCCGCUAUGAGUAUGUUAUGAAGCUCAAACAGGCAGCGUUGAACUUUGCCAAGAAACGCUGGGCUGACUACAUUCUGUAUUCAGACACAGACAACAUCCUGACAAACCCGGACACACUGCAUCUCUUGAUGGCGGAAAACAAGUCAGUCAUUGCCCCCAUGCUGGACUCACAGUCAGCGUACUCCAACUACUGGUGUGGCAUCACUCCACAGGGUUACUAUCGUCGUACUGCUGAGUACUUUCCCACAAAGCAGCGUCAAAGGCUGGGCUGCUACCCUGUGCCGAUGGUCCACUCCACUAUUCUGCUGGACCUGCGCAAGGCAGGCACCAAGAAAGUGUCCUUUCACCCCCCCCACAAAGACUACUCCUGGCCCUUUGACGACAUCAUCGUUUUUGCCUUCUCCUGCCGAAUAUCAGAGGUGCAGAUGUAUCUGUGUAACAAGGAGCGUUACGGGUAUCUGAACGUACCUGCAAAGCCUCAUCAGACCGUGGAGGAUGAUCGGAUCAAUUUUGUCCACCUUUACCUGGAAUCUCUGAUCCACGGGCCACCAAUGUACUUGUCUCGCUAUGUCCACGUUCCUCCCAAACGGUCUGAUCUCAUGGGCUUUGAUGAGAUCUACCUGAUAAACCUGCGCAGACGUCCAGACCGCAGGGACAGGAUGCUAUGGUCGCUGUAUGAGAUGGAGAUUGAUGCCAAAGUUGUGGAUGCUAUAGAUGGAGCAGCUCUGAACAGCAGCAAUAUUAAGAUCCUAGGUGUCGAUCUCUUACCUGGUUACUACGACCCUUUCUCCGGCCGCACGCUGACCAAGGGAGAGGUGGGCUGCUUCCUCAGCCACUACUACAUCUGGAAAGAGAUGGUGGACAUGCAGCUAGACAAGGCGCUGAUCUUUGAGGAUGACAUGCGUUUCCAAGCCAACUUUAAGCGUCGCCUGCUGCGUCUGAUGGAGGAGGUGGAGCAGGUGGAGCUGGACUGGGACAUCAUAUACCUGGGCAGGAAGAAGGUGAACCCUGAAGAGGAAGUCCCAGUGGAGAAUGUGAGGAACCUGGUGUACGCCGAUUACUCCUACUGGACGCUGUCUUACGCCAUCUCUCUUCAGGGAGCUCAGAAGCUCCUCAACGCUGAACCGAUAUCCAAGAUGCUUCCUGUGGAUGAGUUUCUACCCAUCAUGUAUGACAAGCACCCCAAUGAGGACUACAAAUCCCAUUUUCCCAAUCGGAAUCUGAUGGCGUAUUCCACACACCCCCUUCUGGUGCAGCCCUGCCAUUACGCCGGUGACCCGGAGUGGGUGAGCGACACAGAGACCUCUACGCUGUGGGAUGAUGACAAUGUGCUCACGGACUGGAGAGGCUCCUAUAAAACUCUGAAGGGCUCUCAGCCACCGGCCGGCCUGCAGAGCGCCACCUACAAGGACGAGUUGUGAGGUUCAGCCCCAAAGCCUCAUGAAUGGGCAUCUUCUAAGAGCAGAAGGAUCAGGAGUGAGCAGCUCUUUAUUAGGAGAGAAAUGUCACUCAUCAUGGAGACCUCAAAACUGGAAGAGACGAGGGAGACCUGGGACCAAUCCUUAGGAAGAGUCACUCUACAACAACAAAAAUACAUUUUUCUUGUUUUCCAGUAAAAAUCCAGUAAAAAUUCCAGUUUAAAAAAUCUCUUCGUUAAGAAACAUUUACUUAGUAAAAUAAAUGAUAUGAAGGCACGUUUUCAUGCCAGCGCAAAUCCAACGGCGAGAAAAUUGGAAAAAUCAACAUUAAAAAUGGAAAACAUUUUUAUUGUAAAACAAGAACUGUAAAGGUAAAAGGGUGCGAUACAUUUGAUGACUCUUAUAUCUGACCACGAGUUAAAAAAUUUUAUUAUAUAUUAGAGGUUGAAAGUUUUUGUCCAUUUUUUGGUAUGGAUUAAGCUAAUUUUGCUUUUUUUAUCAGGUUAUUUUUCUUUAUUAACUAUAAAAAAGGACAUUUGAUAGCUUUUACAGAAGUGGUGCAUUAUAAAUUGUAUUACUGGAGUUUAAACAGCUGUCAUAAGGACUAUCAUGCUCAGACAAUCAAACAAACAGAGCUUAGUGUAUAUUAGAAAUGGUGUGGUCAAUUUCUCUCUCUCUUUUUGUGCACUUUUGCUGUUCAUGACAAAUUUCUGUUACCAUCAUUUGUUCUUAUUUAUUAUUUUCCCAGUCUUAUUCCCUUCUGUGUCUCUCCAAACUGAACAGUGGGACCAAAUUAAAUGGCAUGAUAAGAGUAUGCAUGACAGUUUCGGAAAUUUUUGUUGUUAUUGAAAUAAAGAAUUACGUUUUUUUAAACAUUA